CUGUCUGUCCACUUUAGAUGUACUAUUUGGGAUGAGCUCUCAUGGCAUUUUUAAGUGACCAAAUGUUUUUCUCACCAGUCUCAUUAAUGUAAUUCAUUCUGGUAAUCUGCUAGUGUUAAGGUCAGAGGGGUUGACGUCAGGGCAUAUAUGGCCAAAUCAGUUACCCCAGGGAUCCAUAACAGGAUAACAUAGCAAAGAUGCCUGGACAGCAUAAGUCUUUACAUCCUAUUGUUUUUUCCUAGUGUGAUUCACCGUCCAUCUAAAUCCCCUUUUGUUCAUUUCUUUGUUCCAUCUGUCCUUUCCGGCAUGUAUCAACUUCAAAGGAUCUUAUCUUGCUCUUUCCCCUCUCGUUCCCUUUAUCCUCCUCUGUUUUAAUCUCGCUGACUUUACAGCGUCACUUUGUCCCCUGGUUUUGUCAUCUUCGCUACUGUUACAUCACAUUUAUCUUCAGCUUCUAUUUAUUCUGUAACCUGGCAGCUCACCCCUUCCUGAUACCAUCCCAAAACAUCUGUCCUGCCCUCUCCGUACCAUCUGUGACUUUGGUGUACUCACUGUCUUAUUUGUCUUAUCUCCACGUGCAAUACCUCUCCUUCUGUCCCCCGUUCCCCCUCCUGCCUCCUCCCUACCCUGUGUGGCCAUGCUGGAGGGUAUGUCCCGUCGCUCUCGCUCCAUGCUCUCCCUGACCCUGACCACUCUGGCUCUGGCCCUCUCCAUCCUGGCUCUCUGCACGUCCUACUGGUGUGAGGGCACCCACAAGGUGGUCAAGCCUCUCUGCCUCUCGCCUGUCAAAAUGAAGAACUGUGGUCAGAACAACAGCGAGCCUUACACCACAGAGAGUCCCACUCAGAACCCCUUCAACCGCACCCUGUCUCCAGCCAGGAGGGAGGAGCUGGCCAGGAUCAGACAAAGGCAGCUGGCCAACGCUGUUCACUACAUCUGGGAGACGGGGGAAGACAAAUAUGCUUUCAGAUACUUCCACACCGGCUUCUGGGAAAGCUGUGAGAAACACAGCGAUGGUGAAAAGUGUCGCAGCUUUAUAGAGUUAACCCCUGGAGAAACACAAGGUGUGCUCUGGCUAUCAGUCAUUUCAGAGUUUACAUACAUUGGUCUGCUGGGGAUGGGUUUCUUAUUGAUGUGGCUGGAAGUGUUGUGCGCCCAUAAGGAGAUGCAUGCACUAAAAAUCAAUGCCUAUGCAGCUAUCUGUACUGUGCUAUCAGGUCUUCUUGGGAUGGUAGCCCAUAUGAUGUACACCACUGUUUUCCAGAUGACAGUUAUUGUGGGGCCCAAAGACUGGAGGCCUCAGACUUGGGACUAUGGCUGGUCAUUUGCUCUUGCCUGGGUGUCCUUCAGCUGCUGCAUGGGGGCUGCAGUGGUCACCCUCAACUCCUACACAAAGACCAUCAUCGAGCUCCGUCGUAAACAGAGGCUCCGUUUGGAGGAGGCUCGAGCCGCCACUCACGCUCCUUCCUAUGAUGAGGUUGUCCCAGGGGGUGGGCUUUACUCUGUCAGCGGCUUGCUGCAGUGUCCAGACGGCAUGAUUGAUGUAGCAUGGGCCGCGGAUCGAAGUGUGGUUGGAGUGGGAAAUGGGGAUGUACCAACGCUGGUUCUAGUAGGGGGCUGUGGGCCGGAGGGGUGUGAGGACUGUGAGAGAGAGAUGGAUGAGAUGGAGGAGGCCAUGGACCGCGUUGAUUCACCCUGUUAGUGGAUCAAAUGCACCCAUCUAAGUGCUGAAAAACUGAGAAGGAUAUUGUCUUGGUGCCGAAUGAGGACCAAUACAAGAAGAUUGAGGCCAAAACAUUUUAGGCCCUCUUGUUCUUGACUUUCCGUGAACUUGGGUCAUACCAUAGAGGCUAGAGGGCCAGUGAAAUCAAAACAUAUCAAAAUGUAUAGUUUAGAAUGUAUGUACUGUAUAGGAAACACUGCCAUGCAGGACUUGCAUGUUUCUCAACUGUUUCUUAGUGCCUAAUGGUAAGGUAUAUUUAUGUCUCUUUAUGUAAUAUGUAUAAUGCUCAUAUUAUUUCAUUAUAUCUUCAGCUGAGGUUGUAAUGUACUGGACAGUCAUUUCACUGCUUGGACUUAUUGGGUUCUGUUUUUCAGCUAAUUCCCAAAAGAACUGCUUGGCCCUAAGGGUGAAUGUACAAUAUAUCUUCAUUUAUCUGAGAGAGACA